AACAGGUCAAAAUUCGACUGCGAACUUAGAAUAAUGUCUCGAAUUCGCGACAGAAACAUCGUCAACCUGAUAGGCGCCUGCACACUGGAGCAGCCCAACUGCCUCAUCUUCGAGUACCUCAAGUACGGCGAUCUCAAACGCUUCCUCCAGCUGAGAUGCCCUCCGAGGAUCAAGAUCAAGGUCACGAAUGUGACCCUAGGCUGCCUGCUGUAUAUGUCUAGUCAGAUAGGUUCUGGCAUGAAGCAUUUGGAGUUGCUGGGUCUGGUGCAUCGAGACCUUGCUUGUAGAAAUUGCCUCGUCGGUGACAGUUUCCACGUCAAGGUUUCUGACCUGGGGACGAGCCACUUGCUACAUGAAUCUGACUAUUACCCUCAGCCCUACUCUGAUCUGCUACUGCCCGUAAGGUGGAUGGCUUGGGAAUCCGUGCUCAUGGGUAAAUUUACGACAAAAAGUGACGUGUGGUCGUUCGGAAUGACCUUGUGGGAGAUGUUGAACUAUGCCCUCCUCUCCCCUUAUCCACAUCUCUCUGAAGAACAAGUAUGUUUGUCUAACUGCGAACUCUUUCGAAACCACCAGCCCACCAUUUUAAACCCUCCUCCAUCGCAUCAUCAUUUUCCUCCUCCUCCUCCUCAUCCCACGCCGGAACUUCCGGUAAAGCCGCCAUCUUGUCCACGGGAGUUGUACGAUUUGAUGCUGCACUGUUGGAGCAAGCAGAAAGACGACAGACCGACCUUCAAAGAAAUCGCCAUGUUCUUGGAGAGGAAGAGUAGCGGCUACGAUCCGCGUGAUGACGUCAAGUGGCUGGAAAUUCCGGGAAUUAGCUUUUCAGCUGCUGUUGCUGCUGAAGAAAUCUAG